GCUGCUAGAUUUUUUUGCACAGAAAAUUACUCGCCUUUUUUUAUUCCCAGAAGAUUACUCACUUUUUUAACAAAAGUGCUAAAAUAGUCCUCUUGACUAUUUACAUGGGGCCGUUUUAGUCUCAAAAUCUAUAAAAGUGCCAAAUUAUUUCCCAGGAUCUUUUAAUAUGGUUUGAAAUAGUCCCAAGGAGGACUAUUUUAGCCCCCUUUAAAACAAUCUGAGAACUAAUUUGACACUUUUAUAGACUCUGGGACCCUCCAACAAAGAAUUAGGUGACUAUUUUUUCACUUUUCUUAUUUUUUUAACUUCGAAUGAAUGCUCCUCUCAGUGCUAUGCAACUAUCAUGGGUAAACAUGAUUAUGGAUACACUCGGCGCUUUGGCAUUAGCAACAGAACCUCCAAAUGAUGACAUGAUGAAGAGACCGCCUACUGAUCGUGGUGAGAGUAUUAUCACUAAGUCUAUGUGGAGGAAUAUUGCCGACCAGAGUGUUUAUCAACUGGUGGUACUUGGAGUUCUCAUGUUCAAGGGGAAGCAUCUCCUCAAAUUAAUCGGUUCCGACGUUGAUGUUGUUUUAAACACUUUCAUAUUCAACACAUUCGUGUUUUGCCAGCUAUUCAACGAAAUAAACAGCAGAGAGAUGGAGAAAUUCAACAUCUUCCAUGAAUUCUCCAGCAGCUGGAUCUUCUCCACCAUCCUCCUCUCAACCAUCCUCUUUCAAAUCAUCAUCAUCGAAUUUCUCGGCGCCUUCGCCAGCACAGUUCCGCUCAGUCCACAACUAUGGCUUCUCAGCAUUCUUAUUGGAUCAGCAAGCUUAAUCAUAGUCUUUAUGCUGAAGUGCAUACCCGUUGGUUCUGCAAAACUCUCCUCCCAUAGCCGCAAUGGUUAUCACCCCAUCCCCAAUGGCAGUGAAGAAGAUGUAUGAUAAAAGGGUAGGUGCAUCUACAGACAUACCAUCCAAUUCCUAUGUAUUUACAUAUCUAACAUCGAGUAAUCUUGAGAAUAAGGAUGUGAAGUGGGCUAACCGCAUAUUAUUUACCACGGUUAAAGUAACCCGUUGUAGUUAUUUUGAUUGUAAAGUAUUUAUGUUUUGCCUAUAAAAGUUGUCCAUAAAUAAUGACAUGGAUGAAAUAUAAAAUAGCAGAUUAGCUAAACAUUAUGAUGUUCCGUGAAGCAGUUGAAUAGAUUUUUUCUCAUACUUAACCGUGCAUUACGCAUAUUUUACUAUUUUUAUAUUAUAUUAUAUUUUGUUGUUAAAAUAUUAUUAUUUUACAAAUUAUUCUGCCUUCUCUUAAUUGACUGGGAGGAGGGCCCGCUGGCCAAAGCCAAGGGGCCAUUCAAGAAAACUAAUUGGGCUACUCGUGAGCUAGGCUCGGGCUUGGGCUCAAGCUUGGCUCGUAUGAGCUCAACGAGCUAACAAACCAUGCACAAAAUAUUUUGAAAAUGAAGGCUUUAUUU